AACUACCAGCGAGCCCUUGACAUUGCCCGCAACUCGGAAGGAGACCUCGAUCCCAGCGUUUCGGCGUACCUCGAAGACGCUCUGACGGACAUAUGGCGACGACUUAUGAUACAGCCCGACGACUAUAUCAUGACCAAGGACGAGUUCGCAGUCUUCAACUUCUACAGAGGUCGAUUCGAUGACAAUGAAGUUGCAGAGAACGCAGUGGCCAGGUACUGGGCAAAC